AUGGAGGACGAGUUUCUCGGGUUCUCCGAGGAGUACGACAACGCCUGUGGUAAUUUUCUUCCCCUGCAGGCUUUCAUGUAUUUUCAGAUAAAGAGAAUAACGCCGACGAUGAAACUGAAAAAGAUGUCGUUGUGUGUUCUUCCGAAGCACUGGAGACGGGGUUUCUUAACUUGACACAAAUGCAGUGAGAGAAUUUAUUGUACACUUUUAAUCCUCGCACAUUCAGACCUUGUACAAAUGAAAUGUCCAAAGGGGUAGUCUUAGAGCCGCGAAGCAAGUUUGAAAGAAUACUUAAAAAUCUUGGCGUUGAAGUUCUUUUCGACGAGUCGAUGAAAGAAUUUUUCAGGAUCGGUAUGUUUCAAAAGUUAUUUUUUAUGAGUUUAUGUGGGUUUUGUGUAGGUGGUGACCUCAACCACGCCAUGUGGACACGGAAACUAGAGGCUUACAUGCAGGAUAAAGCGAAAAAGAGCGAAUUACUCACUCAUUUCGAGGAAGAAGUCAAAACUUCGGCGUCGUUAUUGCUUUGUCUUGCACCGACUGCAUCGUGAGUUUGCAAAAUUGUUAAUUAAUUUUCUAUUAUUUCAUUUGCAGGUCUUUUGGGCGCCAAGACACGAUGUUCCGCGCUUUUUUGCUCUGUAAAUCUAGCCAAUCAAAGGCUUUUGAAGUUUUAAUGACGGCUCUCAAUGACUUGGCCACUUCGUGAGUUUUAUUAUCGCUUAUAAUUUGCUGGGAAACUUGAAAACUUUCAGUUUUUUUUUUCAAAAUUGUAAUUCUAGAUCGUGAAAGAUACAGAUAAGUUAAGCAAAACGUAAUAUUGAAGUUGCAUUUCAGAAACGAGGAAAACAGCAAGGAACUGGCGUUUGCCUGCGUAUCUCAGAUUAGAUAUCUCGAAGUUUCUUACGACAACCAGGCCAUUUACCAGAGUGUUUUUGAUAGCAAGUUCGAUACUUGGAAUCCAACGACUCGUGACGCCUUCAUCUCCGCUUUGCCUGAGGUUUCUGUUUUGAAAUAGCUUUAUUAUUUCAUUUAUAUCACUCAGAUUUUAACUGAUCCGUGCGCUCAACAAGAAGCCGCGCUAGAGCUGAAGGAUAUGUUGCGUUCUGAGGUCAUCAUGAGUUAUCUUUUAAAAUUUUUUUUUGCAGAAUAUGAUAGAAUUCAUUUUUUUGUAUUUUUUUGGGAGGGUUCCUCCAAAAACAUUAAGGCGCAUUUAGAAGAUGGGAAAGGCGAAAUUAGUCAGAAAAAUUUAAAGAAUGUGUAGUUGCAACCCAUGUAAUGUACAAAAGCUUGAUAAGGAUACAAAUGUUCAAAAGCUUCAAUUCAUAUUGGAAAAGGUUCUUCGUCUUGAAAUUUUUUUUCAACUUCGUCUAUAUUCCUUCGAAAAUUUCAAAAAUAUUUUUUUAAAAAUCAGAAUUAUUAUAAAAACGAUAAAAUUUGAAUUUUUUAAAGUUAACUGUGUUUUAGCCAUGAUCUCACAAUUUCAAGGUGCCAAGUAUACAGAUUGAUCCUAUUUGCUUCAGGUAGCCAGCGCGGCUUCUUUCCAGACGGCCAUCCUCAAUUCUCUGAAUUUAUUACGCAUGCAACCUUCUGUAGCUACAGAGGUCCUAUUUCAAAUAAAAAAUUAGGGGAUUAUACGGAGUCUUUAGGUUAGAAAGUUCCUUUGUGUCAAUUGCAUGCACGUCGACGCGACGAUCCUGCCUCUCAUCACCAACUUUUCUUUGGCUUCGAUUUCAACGGACCCAUCUGCGAGUUUUCUCGAUUUUCUGAACGAUUUUUCGAAGUUUCUGAAGUUGGACAACCUUCGAACACUGCGACAGAGUCGUGGGUAAGCUUCUCGAACAGAAAAUGUCUCAUUAUAUUAGUUGCUUUUACGGUUCGUAGUUUUGAGAAUUUCGGAUCUUGACAGUAUCUGAGUUGGUUGUUCAGACAUUUGGGCACCGAUUCAAUUGUGGCGGCCACUUUUGCAAGUAUUAUGCGCUACGUUCAGUUGGACAAGAAGGUGAAUUCCUCCGAAAAUCACUUCUCAUCGAUAAUUUCUUCUUGAAAGGCAUGGAAAAGUUUGUCGGUAUUUUUGUGCCGUAACAUUGACGAAACGGAGAAUCCGGAGCCCGAUGUGGGAACUUCUUCGAAGCCAAGAGUAACCUAAACAUUUUAACAUUUAAAAAAAGAUAAUUAAAAAAUUCAGAAGUACGAAUUGUUCGAUUUGAUGCUUCUUUUCGCCUCUUUGUCCUCCUACGGAUGCCCGCCGGCCGUCUUGAAUCACCUGAAAACCUGUCUGACGGCUAAUCCCGCCGUCACCGAUCAGUUUAUCAAUCUUUGCAAGAACGCCCUCAGUUUCAGAAAGGUGUAUUGUAGAUUGUGGGACGGACAUGUUCUAGAAAUACAGCAAAAAAGAAGCCGGGCGUUGCACUUUUGCUCUACAAAACUGUAAAAAAAAACACUUUAAAAGAGUAAAAAAAAAACAUAGGACUCGAAGCGAAGCUUGGUUUUUUGUGCAGAAAAAAAAGAGUAAACGCCAGCGCGGGAUUAAAGAUGAGAACCUUUUUUCAGCUUGGAACAUUCUGAAUAUUGUUAAACACAACAUAAUUGAUCUUCAAUUUAUAAAAAAAUGAUACAUUCAAAUCAUUUUUUUCUGAAGAUAAUGCUUAGACGAAAUUUGAUCAUUGGAAGCGCGAAACGACGCUAUAAAAUGUCUCUGUUGCGUUACUUUUACAUCGUUUUUCACGAUUUUAUAACGUGGCUAUAAAUGAAGCUUUAUUGUCUAUUCAAAGAAAUUAUUUUUGGAAAUUGGAAAUCUUUACGAUUCAUUCUAGAUAAGACUCAUCUUUUAAUUUUUGAAAAGCUUCAAAAUUUUUGUUGACGGUCGUAAAUACAUUUAGUUUUGCUUUUCAGCUUCUAAAAAGUUUUCCGACGUCUUAUAAAAAGUUCUGAGCUCAUUUUGUGAAAACCUAGUCAACAUGACCGUUUCAGUUCCGAUCAGAGUACCUGACUGCGUUCAUAAGCUGUGCCAGACAGUGUGUAUGGUCUUUGGACGAGAACCUCCGUUCUUUUGGCUCUUUCAUCUACAAAAAACUGCUCGUCCUCACCGAAAAAACUAAUCAACAGGUCUCCAAACUGUUUCAAAACAGUUUUUUCCGAAAAGAAGAAGUUCAGAACGUGUUCGAAGAGCUGCUCUCGCAUUUCAGCCGCGGAGAUGUCGAAUGUUCCUGCGUUCUGGAGAUUCUCAACAUGGUUGCCGAAGAGCACUACAAUGCGAUUCGCGAUUUCAUCCCCUUGAUUCAGGUUUAUUCGGCGAAAAUGUACAGUAAAAACAAGGCAAAAUUCGAUCCGUAUUUAAAAUAG